AUGAGUCAGAUGUCGAUGUUGAUAGCAACUCCAAGGGAUCAGAGUAUUCGGUUUCAGACCUCAGUCCAGUUUCAGAAGUCUCAAGGAGUUCAAAGGCAUAGCAGUGACCAGCACGACUUUGACAAUAGUGCUUCUGAAUCAUCUGAAACACCGGUAUCCAACCACUGGACUGCCUCGGAAUUCUGUCAAGGAUUUCAGAAUCAUAAUUCGGAAUCUGAAUCUGCAGAAUGGUGCAGUCAAGGCUCCGGUGACAAAUCCAGCACAGCACCUCUUGAUGAGGAUGUAACAGCAAAGCUAGAUCCACAUCCUGCUAUGGGUAUUAUCAUUGCUCCGGCCCAGUCAAAGAUACAGUUGGUCAUUGCCUGGCUUGAUAAAUCGGACAUCUGGAAUGAUUUGCCCUCCGUUCAUGCUGUGUGCAUCGCUACAUUGAACCAUCCAUCUGGGGUUUUUGACCUUCAAAAUCUGUUUGAUUCCCUCUCCUUCAUCCUUAUCUUAUUCAGACUAUGCUCCUACUUCCAUGAAUUGCAAUCAACAUAUGAUGCCAAAUUCAUUGCUUAUCAACAUGGUUUUCAUGAAGUCAAUGCUCUUGAAUGGCAAUCUGAUCAUGCUCCUAACGCAAUCCCUGCAUGUAGGCUUUUUGUGAACAUUUUUGAUAAAGUCAGCUUGUGGCUUAAGGUUGUCAACCAUGCAAGACAACCAGAACUGAAAUUAGAUUCAUCAAAUUCCCUGUCACCUGAGAGAUUACAAAGCAUUGUCAACAGACAUUUGGGACCUGAUUUAAGGGAUAGCCACUCUGAGGAAGGACCUUUUAUAAUUACAAGGCACAAGAAAAAAAACAAUAAUCUUAAAGCUGGAGCUGCAAGUCAACCCGCAACAACCUCUGAAGGAGCCUCUUCAUGGCAAAUCAAAAAACAUUGCUAUGUCAAAGAGCAAACAAGCACUGAAGCAGGCCUUCUACCAAUUGCUUUGGGAGAGAGACUGCUAAUGGUGCCACUUGAAGGCGUUCCAGGAGACAGUGAUGAUGACUUAUCCAAGUCCAAUGUUAGAUCCAAGAGAUACUUGGCCAGCAGCUUUGCCACUGCCCACCAUAGAACUGGCGAGACUACAGAUGGAUGCAUCUAUUCAUGGAUGUAUUGGAGGGGUAUCAAACUGGAUAUCUAUCCAUCUGACAUUUGCAAACAAAAUCAGGUUACACAGAUGUACAAGUGGUACACUGAUCUGUACCAAUCACCAACACUCUUUACGAGAGCACAAUCCUCCAUUCCAGCAGUGCAGGCAAAGCUUGACGUCUUAAAAAUGAAUCUAGACUCAGGUUGGAUGCGCUUCCAAAGCAGCGACAUUCUUCCUGAUCCCAUUGGCAUAUACCUCAAACAGAAGAUGGAGUUGAUUCUGACAGCAUCUCAGAAAGCCUGA